GUGGCUCAGUUGGAUGAGGUGUGUGGCGGCGAGUGUACAGGUCUUGUGCCACCUUGCCCACACACGCGCGCGCCACUUGCUCCCCACAGACAGUGCAACACUACCAGUCAGCUGGCAGCCGUCGCCUGGUGUAGUGACCACGGGACCUUCACUCACACCAACAACAGUGUUAUGGCAUCACAGAACUCCUUAAGAAAAAUAAUUUCAGAAGCUAGUAGUUAAGGGUUACUGAAACUUGAAGCUGAGAGAAAAUUUACCACAACUUACAACCAAGAUCAAAUUAUCGGAAACUUACGACUAAGCUCAAAGUUCCCAGGACCUUGUGAUCGAGAUAUGAAUAAAUAAACUCUGUUGAGUGAAGUAACUAAGGUGUUGAGUGUGGUGGUGCUGAGCCUCGCUGAGGAGGCUGCACAGUGAUGCUCACAGCGUGUGACAGUGAACAAGUGUAGACUGUGUACUCACCUAGUUGUGCUUGCGGGGGUUGAGCGCUGGCUCUUUGGUCCCGCCUCUCAACCGUCAAUCAACAGGUGUAGGGUGUGUGUGGUGGCGAGCCUUCGUCAGCAGCACGUCACUCACCGCCUCUACGGUCUCCUCGCAGAGGGAAGCGGUGUUGGUGGAGGAGUGUGGCGGCGUGGGGGCGUGAACCAUGUCAUAGAGGGAGUGUGAGGUCCGGUACACGAUGCCUGAGGGGUCCAGCGGCGGCGGGUGCCACAUGUGCCACAUACAUGACCACGUGCCGGGCUCCUCGCUCCUCAGGACACACCCCCUCCGUGUCUCGCACAACCGAUCCCGCAACCCCAGCAAGUCCUCCCAUACCCGCCACUCGCGGGACCACUCGCGGGACCACAUUCACCACUCGCGGGACCACAUUCACCACUCGCGAGACCACUCUCACCACUCCCAUCACUCUCACCACUCGCGGGACAGCGGGUCUAGGGAGAUCAGAGAUGCGGAGAUCAAGCAAGCCAAGGUAGCGAGCGCCCUGGCCAAACUUAGCGAGCGAUCGCACUCGCUGCCUGGGAGUCGAAGCAGCACGCUGUCACGUCCCAACGAGGUCUCCAUUCUCCCAGACGUGGACGCCCACCUGCACCACCGCCACGACAGACGCGGCUCAACCGGGUCACGCGCUGACUACAAUGGGGUGCUGGCGGCGCUGCUGGAGACCCGCGCUGCCAGUCUACCCAGCCACCACAGCGGCUCCGUACACAGAGAGCCAGACCUCUUGACCGCCCUGCCCCGCACCCACCAUAACAGCAGAACAAGCAGCCUCUCCCGGACGCGGGACCCCCACGGCAGCAACUUGACCUUGGCCCAGGACACGGAGCAGGACUAUUACAUGCACAUCCAUCGCGCCAGGUACAAGGAUGAGGCCCGCAAGCAGAGGUUCAACCUGCAGACCGUCAUGCUCAUCGGCUGCUACACCCUACUGUUCGUGGUGGCCAUAAUAGUAGGCGUGGUACUGUGUCAGCAGAAUGGCUGGCUGGGCUUCGGGCACAGCCAGGCGGAGGAGUCGACAGGCGCCGCCAACACGCCGACGCGGAACCUCAACAACCUCUCCACAGGGAGAGAACUGAAUCGUUCAUCGCGCGGGAGAGGCUCCGGCAACCGUGCUAACCGCCCGGGUCCUACUAUAGACUACGACUACACAGAUGAAGGUGGGCCUUCAAACAUCAACACGGCGGGGGUGUUCCCAGUGGGGGCAGGCGUGUCUUUGCCAGGCCUCCCUCAAGGGGCUACAGAUCCCCUCAGGACAGUGAACUUCGUACCCCUGGACCAGAGUAACCCUGGAAACAAUGGCACGCCACGACGCCCUUCUGUAGUACAGAGUGGGCCGACAGGGCAGGGACAUCGCGCUCCUUCAGGUGGUGUGGCUGAUGUACCUACGACCAGAGUAGGAGCAGGAGGAAGCCCCGGCCCAGAUGACAAUGUCAACCCCUUCAGUAACUCCGUAUUCGGCGAGGACAUUCAAAACUCUGGGGGGAGCGGCAAGAGUCUGGAUACUUCUCGUGGCGAACCAACCACCGGUGGCGACCUCUCCCAAGACACCAACCCUUUCAUACCUUUGCCAUCUAGUAAUGUGCCUAACAACUUUAAUAAUGGUGGAGGAAACAUCCCUACCGCUGAUAGUCCAAGCGGUGAUCAACAUUUCCUUAAUAAAAACAAUAACAAUCAGGGAAUUAAUAACAACAGUCCACAAAGCAACUUUCCCAAUACAGCCGUUAACAACCAAAGAAAUAUUAAUUCUGCAUCAAAUGGGAAUUUCAAUAACGGUAGAGGCAAUAUGAAUUCUGAAGCAGUGGGACCUGGAGGAGAUACUGGAAAUGCAGGCGUGGCUGCUGCUGGCAGUCCCUCCAGGGAGAGUCUGGCUAAUGGAUUUGGCAGGAACCCAAAUCCUGCCAGCGGGACCGUCAAUGGUAUGGGAUUCAACUCGCACACUGGCAAUGGUAACGUUAACUCUGGAGAAACAGUCAAUAAAAACAUUCGCAACUUAGGCAAUGGCAACCAGCGAAUGACUCAGGUGAGCAUCAACAGGCAGACCGUGGACCUCAACACUGCUGGCCCUCAACAAAUGGUACCCGUCGACGCUCUGAAUACCAACAUUCAGAACUUGGAGAAUGGAGCGGGUAUCAGGCCAACCGAUCCAGGAACACCCACCCACGUGCCUGCCAUCUCUGGAGGGGAAAGCUUAGGUUUUGGUGCGGGCAACAGGGCUGGCGUCGCUAAUGGAAAUGUCAAUACUGGAACAUCAGACAUAAAUAACUCUCCCAGUAGACAUCUCAACUCUGGGGCAGGUAGUGAUGGAAUUAUUCCAGGUGGGAAUUCUGGAAUAGGAAAUGGAGGAAAUGUUCCAAGGGGAAACCUUCAUUUUGGAAUUAGAAAUGGUGAUAAUAAUAUUCCAGGUGGAAAUUUAAAUUCUGGAACCAUCAAUGGUGGAAAUAUUCCUGGUGAAAAUUUAGGUUCUGGAAUCGGUACUGGAGGUAACAUUCCAGCUGAGAAUUUUAUUUCUAAAACUGUCAGUAGAGUGAAUAUGCCCGAUGCUACUUUCAACGCUGGAACUGGUAGUAGAGUGAAUAUGCCUGAUGCUACUUUCAACGCUGGAACUGGCAGUAGAGUGAAUAUGCCUGAUGCUACUUUCAAUGCUGGAACUGGCAGUAGAGUGAAUAUGCCUGAUGCUACUUUCAAUGCUGGAACUGGUAGUAGAGUGAAUAUGCCUGAUGCUACUUUCAAUGCUGGAACUGGCAGUAGAGUGAAUAUGCCUGAUGCUACUUUCAAUGCUGGAACUGGCAGUAGAGUGAAUAUGCCCGAUGCUACUUUCAAUGCUGGAACUGGUAGUAGAGUGAAUAUGCCCGAUGCUACUUUCAAUGCUGGAACUGGUAGUAGAGUGAAUAUGCCUGAUGCUACUUUCAAUGCUGGAACUGGCAGUAGAGUGAAUAUGCCUGAUGCUACUUUCAAUCCUGGAAGUGGCAGUAGAGUGAAUAUGCCUGAUGCUACUUUCAAUGCUGGAAGUGGCAGCAGAGUGAAUAUGCCUGAUGCUACUUUCAAUCCUGGAAGUGGCAGCAGAGUGAAUAUGCCUGAUGCUACUUUCAAUGCUGGAACUGGCAGCAGAGUGAAUAUGCCUGAUGCUACUUUCAUUGCUGGAAGUGGCAGCAGAGUGAAUAUGCCUGAUGCUACUUUCAAUGCUGGAAGUGGCAGCAGAGUGAAUAUGCCUGAUGCUACUUUCAAUCCUGGAAGUGGCAGCAGAGUGAAUAUGCCUGAUGCUACUUUCAAUGCUGGAACUGACAAUAGAGGAAACAGUCCAGAAGAAAGCUUGAAUGGUGCAGCUGCCAGCAGACAGGCACUCGAUAACGCCGGGAUGGGCACUAAUAACGCAGCUGCCGGAGUCUUCAGUAGCGUAGGAGGGAGCUCCGCAACAGACGGAAGUACUGGAAGCGUUAGCAAUUUCGACCAAGGCAACGUAAACGUUGACAACCUCGGUGGAGUUGGCAUGCAGACUCCAAACUGGAAUAACAGGCCCAAAACUUUAGCGGAACUUCCAGCCCCAAGAUCCCCUAGUGCAGGCGUCCGCAGCCUUGGUGAUGGCAACCAGCACGUGGCACAAAGUGGUAUUAACAGACAGAAGGUGGUCCUCGACACUGCCGGCGGUCAGGAGAUGCGACCCGCUGACGCCAUGAGAACCAACAUCCAGAACUUGGGCAAUGGUAACCAGCCCAGUACGCAGGCCGGCAAGAACGUGGCCCUCGGUACUACUGGUGGCCAGGGGAUACGACUCGCUGACACCUUGAGAACCAACAUCCAGAACUCGCGUAAUGGCAACCAGCGUAAUACGCAGGCCGGCAACAACGGGCAGAAUGGGGCCUUCGGGACUAUUGGUAACCAGGAGAUACGACCCGCUGACGCCACGAGAACCAAUAUCCAGAACUCGCGUAAUGGCAACCAGCGUCAUACGCAGGCCGGCAACAACGGGAAGAAUGGGGCCUUCGGGACUAUUGGUGACCAGGGGAUACGACCCGCUGACACCAUGAGAACGAACAUCCAGAACUUGGGCAAUGGUAACCAGCCAAGUACGCAGGCCGGUAAGGACGGGCAGAACGUGGCCCGCGGUACUACUGGUGGCCAGGGGAUACGACCCGCUGACGCCACAAGAACCAACAUCCAGAACUUGCGUAAUGGCAACCAGCGUAAUAUUCAAGCCGGCAACGAUGGGCAGAACGGGGCCCUCAACUCUGCUGGUGGUCAUAAGACACGACCCCUCGGCAGUAUGCGUGGCAACAUCCGGAACUUGGGCAGUGGAAUUCGAAAUCGUGACGGGCAACAGCCCACACUCGACGCCCAACAGUCGACACUCGACACCCUGAGCAUGGCCAGCGAUGGAGUCAAUAUGAAGAGUCAGAUAACAGGGGGCAGAAGACGUGGGGAAACAGCGUCUCCAGGAAGAGUUGGUGUGGACGCCAGUACUCAGGGAACAGUUAGUCACAACUGGGAAGAAAAUACCGAGGGAAAUAAGCCCUCGGGAGCAGGGGUAGGCAUACCUCUGCCAAGUACUAAUUUUGGCAGAAAUAGCUCUCCAGCGCAGAACACAGGUGCUGUUGAUGUUCAAUUGUUGGGGAACACUGGAACAGUGAUGCCGAGGCCGACAGUGGGUCGGACAGGUGCAGCGCCAGGUGGGAGCCAGGGCGGCUCUCAAAGCACCGUCACACCAAAAUCAAUACUUAGUAGCACGGAGAGAGGCAUCACCGUGAUCCCACCCUCGGGUGACCAAGUUACUCCUCUCCAGGUGAUGCGCGGGUUCUCCGUGCAGCGCGGGGAGGUCGUGGCCCUCCGCACCAUAUCAGCUGACAAUAAAGACAUAACCAUCUUACGACCCGAUCCUAAUGUUGUGUUCCAUAUCACGCCAGACGCCCCCGACGCCGGGGUCUCUCUCAUAAGACACCCCAACCAGAAGCCUCCGGCCUCAUUAACGCCAGGACAUCGAUCUCUGACAAGUUCGAGAAGAAACGGCGACACUCUACGCGAGACGACGUUCCGGCGGCCCCGCGGGAGGAACUCAAAGGUGCUGCGGCGAUGGGAACACAUGGACGACGAGGGCACCCUCUCCCGGGGUCUCGUCAGGAGCGAUGGGUCCUUCGCCUUCUCCAACUGCCGGCCCCCCGAGGUCUGCGGCCUGGAAGAUGGCUGAGUGCCGACGCUCGCGCCUCCUUCUCCAGCUCUCUUGUGUCCUCGUGCAAUAUGUGUAACUCUUGACACAAUGUGAUGACGCAGUGCCCUAAACAUAUUGCAUGUUGAUAAGGUGUAACUAAGGUCAAUGAUGAACAGUUGCAGUGCAAAUAUAAUAC